CUGGCCAGAUCACUGUAGCACAAACACAGGUGGCCAAAUAACCUUUUGUGCCCAUCAGGCGCAAACACACUGCUGCACUUUGGAGCAGCCAGUGGGUUUGAUCAUUCCUCUCUGCUACGUUCUGGCUGACGGGAUAUCUCCCUGCGGCGGGAUGGCAAGAAUCUACCUUCUGCUCGUCAUUUCGGGGCUUCUGCUGGAGAACGGGCUCCGCUGUGGAGCUUUGGUGUUCCUGCCUCAGCACACGGCUGAUACUGUGCUGAAGAGGCAGAGACGCUACAACACACCGUUUGAGGAGAUGAAGGCGGACAACCUGGAACGUGAGUGCAUGGAAGAGAAGUGCAGCUGGGAGGAGGCCAGAGAAGUCUUCGAAAACAGGGAGAAAACAAUGGAAUUUUGGGUUGGCUACAUAGACGGGGACCAGUGCGAGUCAUCACCCUGUCAGAAUGGUGGCGUGUGCAAGGACGGCAUGAGCUCCUAUUUGUGCUGGUGCUCGGUCGGGUACACUGGGAAGAACUGUGAGAUAGAGACGGUGAGGCAAUGUGACAUCAGUAAUGGGGGCUGCAUGCACUUCUGUGAGCCCCACCCCCUGCAGGGAGUGACAUGCGAUUGUGCGGACGGGUAUAAGCUGGGCAAAGACGGACGUUCCUGUGAACCUGAGGGAAAAUUCCCGUGUGGCAAACUAGGGGAGACUGUAAAAGCUGUGUUGUCCACGCGUUCCGUGCACGCUCUACCCGCGGACAUGAGUUUUAAUGAAACAACAACGACCCUCCCUCCCCUCAACGCCAUCACAGAGGCUAGCCCUCCCACACCAAAUGCAACCAGUCCUUCUCCUACGAAUGCCAGCACCCCGCCCCUAUUCCGGAGCAAGGUGCCCUUUGGGGCAUUCUUCCCCACCAUGAUUUCUGCCACUGUAGAGGUGAACAGGGACAAUCGCAUCGUCGGGGGAGACGAGGUGACACCUGGGGAGACACCAUGGCAGGUGGCACUGAUCGACAGACAAUCAAAGAUUGUUUUCUGCGGAGGAACCAUCCUGAAUGAGCUGUGGGUGAUCACCGCUGCCCACUGCCAGGUGGAGGGCAAGGAGAAGGACACCUUCAUAAGAGUGGGCGAGCACAACGUGGAGAAGGACGACGGGACAGAGCGCGACCACGAGAUCGUCGCGUGGCACCCGCACCCGCACUACGACAAGCACACCAGCCAGUACAACCACGACAUCGCCCUCCUGCUGCUGCAAACGCCCAUCGCCUUCUCGGACUUUGUGCUGCCCGUCUGCCUGGGGCCCAAGGACUUCACGGAGAAGCUGCUGCAGGAGGGCCCCCCGGCGGUGGUGAGCGGCUGGGGGAAGCAGCGCUUCAGGGGGGUGGACUCGCGCGUGCUGCGGAAGGUGACCGUGCCCUACGUGAGCCGCACCAUGUGCAAGGGCAGCAGCAGCGAGCGCGUCACCCGCUUCAUGUUCUGCGCCGGCUACGCCGACCAGCAAAUGGACGCCUGCCAGGGGGACAGCGGCGGCCCCCACGUCACCCGGCAUGGGGACACUGCGUUCCUCACCGGCAUCAUCAGCUGGGGCGAGGAGUGCGCCAAAGAUGGCAAGUUCGGCAUCUACACCCGCGUGUCCCGCUACUACCCCUGGAUCUCCCAUGUCACCGGGAUCAAAAAGGGCACCUUUGAUUCCAACCAAGACCUUUAAAAUGCAGUCCCUCUCCCUGUGACCAUGCUGACAUGAUAUGGUCUGGACUAGUAAAUUUGAUGACAGAUGCACCUGGUCUUUCCUCCUGCUUGUUUGCUUGUGCUGUGUUUGAUAACGGGAAAUAAAAGAACACAAAAAGAAAACAAGAAUUGUGUCUAUGAGGAAAAAUGUCUAAUAAACAAAACUGAAAAAUACAUGCAGAACAGGGGUUCAAAGGUGAAGACCACCAAGAGGAGAGGAUGUAAUUGUACUUUGCUGAAGGAUUUUUCUCUGAAAUUUUGUGAAUUAUUCUAUUUACAGUACACUGUAGAGGUUAUUAGAUCCAAAAGCAAUAGGUGAAUGAGUGAAUAGUGUUUAUCCUCAAAAACCAACACAAUCAACCUAAAGCCAGUUAGACCACUAAUACAGUCUACUGCCCAUA